AUGCCACCUAUCCCAACAACGCUAGAUGCUGAAACUCUCUCUCUAAUUGAGUCCAUCGAACGGCACCAUAACGACCUUUCAACUUUUCAGAUUCCUCGUCUGAGAGCUUGCACCGACAUCGAAGGUCUGGCAAGGCAGAUCGAGGAGUUGGAUGUUCUUGUUGAUGACCACAGGAAUGAACGAGCGAGGAGAGAGCUGAGGAGAAGAGCUGAAGUUUUUCGUGAAUCAUUAGUCAGUCUACGCAAAGACUCUCGAGCAGCAUUGCUAGCGUCGAAAUAUGCAAUUGACUCCCAAAGUCUGUCACAGCGAGAGGAGUUGUUGAGGUCCCCUGCCAUUCGGGAGAAAAGUACAAGCUCCUCGGGCGAGAAAGUCACCGAAGACGCACUCAUGAAAGCCAAUUAUGAUGUCACAGAAGCACUACAACGAACAACUGGACAUUUGCAGAAAGAGCUCGAGCGCAGUGUCUCGUUAAGCCAACUACUAGAAUCAUCUACUGGAACUCUCCAAUCUGCGUCUACGAAGCACGACACGCUCGAUCUCAUCCUCGGCACCUCCAAACAACUUAUUACCGCACUCGAAAAGACAGACCGGCUCGACCGCAUCCUUAUUAUUUCCGGCCUCGUGUUUUUCGGCCUCGUGGUCCUCUUCAUCCUGACGCAGCGCAUCAUCAACCGCGGGCUGCACAUCGCCUUUUUCUGGACGAGGUUAUUGCCAAGCUCCGGCUCGAGUACGCGCCCGGUGGUGCAGAAGGCCGGAGAGGUUGUAACGACUGCGUCGUCGACAGGUGGUCAGAAUGGUGGGGGUGGUCAGUGGAUAGAACCCAGCAUGGACGUGUUUGAAUCCCCUAUUUUCACGACAUCGGCUACGGAGCCAUGGACUACUGAAUAUCACAGCGUCUCAGGAGACACACGUAUUGAAUUAUGA